AUGUCCAUUCCAUUAAAUUCUGGUAUUGUUGGGGGAUGUAUGGACUUAGACCCAGCAGAUGCUGAACUGGGGUACAGGUUUCACACCAUUCAUGCCUGUGAUGACCCCCAUCAGCUCUCUAAUGAGCAGCAGCUUCAUGAAGCACUAGAACAUGGCAGACAGCUGAUCCAUCAUUUUCAUACUCAAGAGACCAUUCUUGAAUUACACAACCUGGUAAGUAAUGACGAAGCUUCUGAGUUCUGUGAGCUCAAGAACAAGCUGGACUGCGUAAAGCACCCUGGCACACACUGCUACAUCAACCCUGCCAGUGGUGAACACAAAGCACAAGAUAUUUAUAACCUCAUGCUCUGGGCAAAACAAAUUUCCUUGGGUGAGGCCACUUAUGAUAACCCACCCAAGACAGCUGCUUUUGAUCAUGUCCGAAAACAGUGCUGA